AUGAAUUGUGUGAGGUCACAUCCCGGUUGCCCCUGGCAGAGGAUGUGUCUACAGAAGGAUAACUGCCCUCAACAUGUCCAAGAGCUUUGGUCCCAGUGUGGGAUGAAAAUGCUGCUCCUUACCUUCUGGAUUUUAACUUCUCUAAUCAGCAGCAUCCAUGCAGGCGUUUCUUCCCCAGUUUUUAUGUUCAGCAGUGAAUGGAAGAGUGAACCUGUUGGUAGCUUCAGAGGUGGACAGCAGAGUGAAACUGGUAGCCCUUCUGGAUACACACACAUCGAGUGUGGCCUUCGACCAUCUUAUGAGUCCUUUCUGGAGACUGGCAAGAGGAUCAGAGGGGGGAGAUACGCCAAGGCUGGGGAGUUCCCGUGGCAAGUGAGCAUCCAGAGCAACGGGAAACAUAUCUGCGGGGGCACCAUGAUCAGCGCGCUGUGGAUUUUAACUGCGGCCCAUUGCUUUGCAGAUGAGGUGCCACCAGAUCUCACUGUUGUAGUAGGGGGAAUCGACCUUGACCUCCCUCUGGAAGAACAUAAGCCAGACAGCUUGGUUAUCCAUGAAAACUUUGACAGAACAAGCAUGAAACAUGACAUUGCCCUGAUCAUGCUCAGCUCUCCCAUCGAGUUCAGCAAUGAGAAAAUCCCCAUCUGUUUGCCCUUCAUGUAUGACAUUGAUACAUGGCAACACUGCUGGAUUGCUGGAUGGGGAACCACAGCUGAGGUGUCAGCAUCCCACGUGCUGCAGAAAGCACGGAUGAAGCUCAUCAGCAGGGAGCAGUGCUUGGAGCACAUCCCGCAGCUACCAGAGAACAUGCUGUGUGCUGAGCUGCAGGGAGGAGAAAGAGGCACCUGCCAGGUGGACAGUGGGGGACCUCUGGUUUGCAGCUACUGGAACACCAUGAAGUGGUUUCAGGUCGGCAUCAUCAGCUGGGAAGAAGAUUGCACAGAAAAGCCAAGCCACGAGAUCUACACUUCUGUUUACAACUACUAUGGCUGGAUCAGGACUGAGACAGCUCUGGACCAAACUAAGACCGUCUUCAAGAACCACAGCAUCUGCUCAGGUGGUAUGUCAAGCUGGUGGGACAUGACUACAUGUCAAAUUCAUCCAUACACUAGAAAAAGGGCAAGAAAGCUGUUGGCCAGUGUUGGAAACUUUAGCUUCACGUAACUAGUCAUUCUUAUUUA